AUGAAAACACUUUCGGAGACCUCUCGGAGCAUUCUCGGUGCACCAGACAUCAUUCUAAACACGCGCGAAUAUGAAAACAUGGCAACAGAAGAUGAGAUUCCCAAAUGUUUCCGACUGCUCCAUCCGAUUGGAUUUUUCGCAUUCAUUGUUUUUUUAAACAUGCCACUCUUCGCUCUUUUUCUUGUUUUAUUACUCUUGCCUAGAACGUUCUCUGAUUCCAAUUCUAUGAUAGUCACCUAUGGAAAACCUAUAAACUACACAGCAUCCUUUUCGCACAUCUCUACUACAUGGGAGGAAUGCGUUGGGGCCUGUUAUCAGAGUCUGAGUUGUGUUGUAGCACACACUCCUGAAAGCCCCAUCAACUGCAAAUUAUUCGAUGUUAGCAAAGUUUUUGAAGUGGAAAAAUUAGAGUCAUCAAGCGGAUUAUUGGUGGCGUUCAAAGCCAUAAACAGUGGGAAUACAUGUCCAAUUGGGGAUAAUCCACCGACGUUUGGAAAUUCAAAAAACCAGGGGACCGCUUCAAACCAAAUCGCAAAUUAUACUUAUGACAUCGACUAUAGUGUUGGCGACACUUGGCAACUUUCCUAUACUGCUAUCCCGGUGUGCCCGAGUGGCUGGACACAGUUCACCCGACCCAGUACUAACGGGUGCAUUCAGGUUAUCGGAGGACCAGACGUCACUUAUACUCAAUCUGAAGCUCUUACGAAUUGUGAAAACUUGGGUUCAACACUGACUGGUCUCGAGACAAUAGACGAGCGGGACUUCGUUGCUAACACUGGAAUAGCUUUGCUUGGCCAAGAUUAUCCAGAAUAUGCAGGAUUCUGGGUAUCAGGAACCCGAAAGCCAGAGUGUUAUACCGAUGGUUGGGAGGGUUACUCGUACUGUACUGGCACUUCUCUACAACAAUUCGAUUUCACGGACGGCUACCUGACCAACUACGCCGGAUUCACAUGGGACUGGCAGCAACCCGAUAGAAAUCUGAAUGGUCCCUGGGCAAAUUGCAUUCAAAUUUGGAUAAGAAAUCAGGCUAAAUUUCCGCAAUAUUAUUAUACACUUUUUGCAAACGGGAAUGCUGAUGAUGCAGUAUGUGAUGUCGUGGAUUAUCAAAACUAUCAUUUACGCGGAUUCGCAUGUGGAAAGAUUCCAGAAGUUCCAAUGGGAGCUAUUUGA